AUGUUGAACACGGGGGAGUGGUGUAAAGCAUUAACCAGUCGCGUUGAAAAUGUCUCAUCAACCAAUAGUUGGCGCAAGUCAGCCCAAGAAUUAUGGGAUGGCGAACCCAGGUUACAUGCCAUCAGCCGAAGGAUCAGCGGCCGCCACAACACGAGUGUGACAAACAGUAACAAUAUCUCGAUGAAUACGAACAUGGAGGCACAGGCGAUGUUCGCCCCACCCGCGGCCGCCUCCCCGGGCCCCAGCGCCCCGCCGGCCGGGAUGUUCGACAGCGUGCCUGGAUACGAAGGGACGGUGAUAGGAGGAGGUGGAUUUCUGCCCCCUCCCAUGCCGGCUUACCCAGCUCCUCAGCCUUCACCUGGACCCGAUCAGCCAACCUGGAACAUCCCGUCUAUAUCUGAAGAGACUGCCCGGGAGGCUUUUAUCCUGUUUGCAUCCAGCAAGUGCUGCUACAACUCUUCACCAGCAAAGGAUGGUGUGAUUACCAAUAUGGAGGCAUUCAAUACAUACAGGUAUCGCCUGGAGACAUUUACUGAGUCAAGAUCGACAGAGUGGACCCAUGUGCCAUACCAUGGUCAGCCAGCGGAUGCAUUCACACAGUCACCACCCGGGCCCUGGGAUAUUCCUGCCAAAGCACCCAGUUUUUUUGCAGAUGACAAACAGCUCAUCAAAGUUCCUUACACAUCGUCUGUGAAGAACUGCCACACCUGUUUGGGAAUGGCACGGCAACCUUGCAAAGACUGUUCUGGUGCUGGUAAUAAAGUUUGUUGGGUGUGCAAUGGUUCCGGUUUUCGUCAUGGAGAUGAUCGAUGCCACCACUGCAAUGGCAGGGGGAGGGAAAAUUGCGGCAGGUGUUUUGGACAAGGAUCGAAACAAUGUGACACCUGUAAUGGAAAAGGGCAGCUUUUGGUCUACAUCAAUCUCACUGUCAAAUGGACUAACAACUCGGAUGCCUACGUUGUUGAACAGUCCAGCGGACUUCAGCUGGAGAAUCUUAGCAAAGUGUCUGGCAAGGAGCUUUUUAGAGACUCUCAGUACAUGGUGUACCCUGUGAUGGGCUUUCCAGACACUUCGGUGGUACAGGCCUCGCAGCGCCUUGUCAACGAUCACCAGGGCAAAUUUUCUCAGAGUUCACGCAUUCUUCAACAGCGUCAAACCAUCGAGCUGAUCCCAGUUACAAAGGUCACCUACACAUGGAAAGGGGAAACGCAUAUUUACUUUGUUUAUGGAAAUGAGUUCAAAGUUAACGCAGAUAAUUAUCCUGCUACCUGCUGUUGUUCUGUAAUGUAG